AUGAGUGCAAAGAACACUAGGAAGAAGCCAUGCUAUCUUUGCGGUCAGCGCGAAAAACAGGGUGCACUUCGACGAACUAGUCGAAAGAACGACCAUACUGCCGUCUUGCUCUCGACUCUUGUGAUUGUCAAUAAAGUUGACUUUGAAACGGCUAAAAAACGCUAUGAAUCUCUCAUAAAAGUGCGAAGGCAUAUAUGCUAUCAUCAUUUCGUGGACGCUGCACAGUUUAUUGCUACGGAAUUGGCCUCUUUGGGAAUCGGCUUCACUUCAUUAACGGACGAAUCGAAUGGUCAAUUAGUGUUAUAUGUUAAUGAAACGGAUAUCCCUCUUCACUUAGUUGACAGAAUUAAUGAGAACGCGAAGAAUUUUGAUGUAGAUAUGACAGUAACAGCGAAAAGUGUCUGUGAAUAUUUGAACUUUUGCCUAUCUCGUUAUCGUGUGGGUGGAAUUCGUUUACCACCAAAACAGGAGGAUGCUGCGAAAAAGAAGCAUCAAAAGGCCACUUUUGACACAGCUCCCGUCGUCUUAUCAGGUGAAGAGCCAAGCACCUCUGAAGGGAAUGAUGUAAGUUCUGCAUGA